CAAUUCUAGAGGUCAUAAAAUCAUUAAUAACCCAUUACAGAUUGCACCGCAACUUCAUAUUUAAGCAAAAAGGUUUUCACUGGUUUUUUGAUCAACUUCAUCUCAUCUCAAUGGCCGUUUCCGAAACCGCCCUGUUAGACAACACUGUUCCGGAUGUCGUUGACUACAAAGGCCGUGUGGUUAUAAGAUACAAAUCUGGUGGUUGGAGGUCCUCGGGUUUUAUCAUAGGUGUGGAGGUUGCAGAGAGGUUCGCGUACUAUGGGAUUAGCUUGAACCUCAUAAGCUUUCUGACCGGACCGAUGGGACAAUCAACGGCUACAGCAGCGGAGAACGUGAAUGCAUGGUCGGGAACGGCGUCAUUGCUGCCUCUGCUGGGAGGCUUUGUGGCUGAUUCUUUUCUUGGGCGCUUUCGGACCAUUGUGUUGGCUUCUCUUCUCUAUGUCCUGGGACUAUGUUUAUUGACACUAUCGGCUCUAUUACUAGCCUCUUACGGCGAUUCUUUCCACCAUUCCAAAAGCAUAUCAACUAGUCAUUCUCCAUUUCAAAUGGUAUUGUUCUUCUUCUCUCUCUAUCUAGUGGCAGUUGCGCAAGGUGGUCAUAAACCUUGCGUUCAGGCUUUCGGAGCCGAUCAGUUUGAUGGAGAAGAUCCAGUAGAGUCCAAAGCCAAAAGCUCAUUCUUCAAUUGGUGGUAUUUUGGUGUAUGUGCAGGAGCAUUAUCAACAAAUUUGAUUGUAAGCUACAUACAAGAGAAUGUCAGUUGGGUUAUAGGUUUUGGAAUUCCUUGCAUUGUGAUGGUCAUUGCUUUGAUAGUUUUCUUGCUUGGGACUACAACUUAUAGGUAUACCAACAUAAUACCAGAAAAGGAAAGUCCAUUUGUGAGGAUUGGUAGGGUCUUUAUAGCAGCAAUUAGGAAUUGGAGAACGGCCCCAUCACUGGCUUUAACAACUGAUCAGGAGGAAUCUAAUGGAGUAGAACUCUUCAAUCACCAAAGUUCUGAGCAAUUCAAGUUUCUAAACAAAGCCUUGCUUGUACCAAAUGGUUCCAAGGAAGAAGGGAAGAAGUACUGUAGUAUUUCUGAGGUUGAAGAAGCAAAAGCUGUACUUAGACUUGUUCCAAUAUGGGGAACAUGCUUGGCUUAUGCUAUUGUGUUUGCACAGACUUCAACUUUGUUUACCAAGCAAGGGGCUUCAAUGAAAAGAACAAUUGUACCUGGACUUGACUUACCGGCUGCUUCACUUCAGUCUUUCAUUGGCAUUGCCAUUGUUCUUUCCAUUCCAAUUUAUGAUCGAAUUCUUGUCCCGAUCACGAGGAUGUUCACAAGAAAACCAUCUGGUAUCACAAUGCUACAAAGAAUAGGAACUGGAAUGAUUUUAUCUGCUCUAUCCAUGGUAGUUGCAGCUGUUGUUGAAAUGAAGAGGCUCAAAAUUGCUAAAGAAUAUGAUCUCAUUGAUAAGAAGCGUGACAUUCCGAUGAGCGUAUGGUGGUUGACUCCCCAGUAUAUAUUGAUUGGAAUGGCAGAUGUUUUCACUAUGGUUGGUCUGCAAGAGUUUUUCUAUAAUCAAGUACCAAAUGAGCUAAGGAGCAUAGGGCUUGCUCUUUACCAUAGUAUUUUUGGAGUGGGAAGCUUUAUAAGCAGCUUUCUUAUCUCAACCAUUGAUAAAGCAACUGGUGGGGUUGGUCAUGAUAGUUGGUUUUCUAGUAAUCUAAAUAGAGGACACCUUGAUUACUUCUAUUGGCUACUUGCUGUGCUGAGUGCGAUUGGAUUUGCUGCCUAUUUGUAUUUUGCAAGAUCUUAUAUUUAUAAAGCAUGAGGAUUCAAUCUAGGAGCCCUCCAUUUUUUUUAUUACACUGUGUGUGAAAAUGUUUAAUUCUAUAGAAUAGUCGAAAGUGCAUAAUUCAAUUGAUAACAGGGAAAGUUA